AAAAAAAAAAAAGAGUAAAAAAGGGUUUGCUCUUAGCGGCCUUUGUCAUCAACGUGACCGGAUCACAUUCCUGUUGUCACCGGAAAAACCUGAAUUUCUCUCUCUUCGGCACAAGGUCUAGGUUUUUCACUUUCUUCCUCCAUUCUCGUUCCGUCACAACCCAACCAUGGAAACCCCCGAAAACGCCGCAUACUGUUCGUCGUGGCUGCCGCCGGAAGACGAAAACGACAGCGGCGCCAAAUUGGCAAAAUCGGUGAACAAACUCAACGACCUCGCCGUUGCGAUACAAGCCUUCAAUAACAGGUACGAAGAAUUGCAGAAACACCUCGAAUUCAUCGAACAAGCCAUUGACACGAGGACCAAGGAGCUCCGAGCACUAGGCUACAAUUCUACUCAAGGAACCGCCGAAAACGGCGUCGUUCAAUCAGAUUCAAAUCCGAAGCCAGAAGAAGCCAAGGCGGUAGAGAAAGAGAAAGAAAAGGUAAAAGAAGAAGAAAAAGAAAAAGAAGACGAGCUUAUUACGCUUUGCAAAACGAUGAAUAGCCGAGGCCUGCGUAAAUACGUGUUAACGCGUCUAUCCGAAACGGCGUCGCUUCGGGAACAGGUACCCGUUGCGCUGAGGAGCGCGGCGAAGCCCUCAAGGCUGGUGUUUGAAUGCAUUGGGAGGUUUUUCCUUCAGGGGAGCAAAGCUUACACGAAGAACUCGCCGAUGGUUCCCGCAAGGCAGGUUUCGGUGCUGGUUUUGGAGCACUACUUGCUCUCUGGCUGCGUUGGGAAUGAGAAGGACGUGGAGGCUUCGUUGAAGAGGGAGGCGGAUUCCGCCGCGGUUGCGUGGAGGAAGAGGAUGUUUGUUGAAGGGGGUUUGCUGAAGGCAGCUGAGGUUGAUGCCAGGGGUUUGAUUCUCUUCGUCGCCGGCUUCGGGAUUCCCAGUGUUUUCAAGGAUGAGGAUAUAUACAACUUGGUUUGUGUCAGCAAUGGCAGAGAAUUCUCCGAUGCCCUGCUCCAGUCUCAGCCCCUGCUUAAGAGGGUUUCAGAUGUUGCAGAUGGGAUGAUGAAAAAGGGCAUGGCCGUUAAAGCUGUUGAUUUGGCUUAUACCUUUGGGUUUGAAGAGAAAUAUUCUCCUCAGACAGCUCUGACUUCAUUUCUGCAGAAGUCUGAAGAAACUUGGAAGAAAGCCAAACAAGACGCACGUGAUUUUCCUAGUGCACUGAAGGUAGCACAUGAAAAAUAUUUGGCUGCUUUGCAAUCUGUAGUUAAAUGUUUGGAAGGUCACAAGAUUGACCCUGUAAAAUUUCUGCCUGGGUGGCAACUUAAGAAUAAGAUUACCAACUUGGAGAAAGAUAUUAGUGAUACCAAUAAAAAAAUUGAUGAGAAGUCAAUGCUCAAGAGAAAAGUGGAUAAAAACAAUUCAUCUAACAAGAUGAAGAUUCCAGAGGCUAAACGAGCAAGGUUCACCGGGAAAGAUGCAUCUGUGCUAUCACCUUCACUUGCUACCUUGCAAGAGCAAAGGAUUUUUAGUCGCAUGGAUGGCAAUAGCUCAUAUGAUGGUUCAUUGUCGGCACAUUUGCUGGAUGGUAGAUCCUAUGGCAAUUACCCGAAUAAUUAUCUCACUGCAGCAUCUGCUUCGGAUUCUUUGGCUGAAAAAUAUCUUGGAAGUGCAGUGGCAAGUGGGGCUAAUAUGCUUGGAGGAGCUAUGGGUGGUUCAUUUUCUGGGUAUCAGGGGGAUAUGUAUAGAUAUCAUGGAAUUGGGGAAGGGGCAUUGUCUCAUGAUAGGUCAGUUGGACAGAGUUUUGUGGGACAAUCUGCAUCAACAUUGAAUAAUUUGUAUGGGAAAACAUCCACAGAAGGUUUUGCAGGUGUGCCAGAGCACCUCUCUGUUGGUGCUUCUAGUCGCAGUGGAGGUUCUGAUUUAUAUGGCUUUGCUGAUGCUGUUUUUGAUAUGUAGUCAUUCCAGGGAAGCAGUUCUCCUAAUUAUUGGUGUUUGAUCAGCUGGGAAGCAUGUGUUUUGAUCAUCCUCAACAAUUUUUUACCUGCCCAUGGGAAUGCAGAAUUGUAUGAUGUUAAAUUUUAUUUCUCAACAUGCAUUAAUAUUUAUAGGGAUAGCCAUAGGAUUGAAUAUCAUCUACAUGGCUUUGCUAGCAUAUUUGCCUCACCUCCCUAAAAAUGUUCACGCUUGGGCGGCUUCUACA